CUAACGAUAAGUGUGCAUAGUAUUUCAAAUUUGGCUAGAUUUAUAUAAAUUUCUUUGAAAGCUGUUUUAUUUUGAAGCUCUUUUCUAAUUAUUGCUAUUGCCCAACUUGCCCUCCUCAUAACUGGUAUUUGCUGGAUUGUUAUUUCCUAUUGCAUUAGACCGCCAACAUUUAUUUCUUGGUUAGUUGCAUCCUCCAUCAGUAGAUAUGUGACAUUUUGCAAGGGGGGGGGGAAUGCCAAAGCAUAUCACUUUGUUUGAGCCUCAUUUUCCAUUUUUCAACAUUUCUCACAAUGUUGAGGUAUCCUUUUGAAAUCUGUUUACCAUCCUAAAAUAAUAUGGUGUCACCUGAAAAUGUAAUCUCUACUAAGUGAGGGGUAUAGGAUUACCUGUUACUAAAGCAGAAUAAUUGUUGAUAAAGUGAACACUAUUUUUGUAUGCCAAUUUAUAUUUGUGCCCAGAUUUUGCAGGAAAUGUUUCCUGAUGGCUAUGAAAGAAGGUGGAACGCAUUGCCCAUUGUGCAGAGGCAUUGUAACCAGAAAAGAAAAGGCACGACCCAGUAGAGCCUUAGAUAUUGAAAACAGCAUGAAGAAGUUGGUGGGAAGCUGUAGAUGCUGUGACAAACAGAUUAGAUUAUUUCGUAUGAGACAGCAUUAUAAAUCGUGUAAGAAGUAUCAGGAUGAAUAUGGUGUUCCUUCUGUCAUUCCAAACCUAGAAAUAUCUCAGGACUCAACAGGAAACAGUUUUAGGAGUGAUUCUUCUACUUCAGAAAUUGGGGAAAAUUCUAAUCUGCAUGUUCUUGAAGAAGCUGCAAGUGGACGGCCUACAUUCAAAUGCCCUCUAUGUCAAGAAGAUAACUUCACAAGGCAGAACUUAUUGGAUCACUGUAAUGACAGGCAUCUUUAUCAGAUAGAUCCAGUAAUCUGUCCUAUUUGUGCAUCUCUUCCAUGGGGAGACCCUACCCGGGUUACUAGAGAUUUUGUUGGCCAUUUAAAUCAAAGACAUCAGCUUGACUAUGUAGAUGUUAUGAACCUUCAGCUGGACGAGGAAACUCUGUUUCAAAAUGCAGUUGAAUCUUGUCAAGUGAACCUUUGAAACCUCUAAUUUGCUGACAUCACUGCUAUCUGCAAGGGGGAAGCUGUAUUUGUGGUUCCAAUGUUAAUAAAAGGGAACUCUGCGUCCAUUUGAAUAGCAAUUGUUUGUUGUUUCCCCUAGAUGAAGUUCAUUUUAAUUUUUUUCUUUAAACCAAUGAAAAAGCAUGGCAUAUUACUACAUUUCAUUGUGAAAUUUUCUUUUCCUUCAAGUGAUAGUAGAAGUUUUUCAGAUAAUGGGGGAAAUAUUACUGUAUGUGAGAGAAAGCUAUUCACGGUUAUUCUGUUUCAUUGCUUUGUUGGGUGUGUGUUUAAACCUUGUUUUUGUUGCACUAGAACAAGAGGUGAAAGAUUAUACUGGAAUGCAGAUGAUGAUGCCAAGUGUCUUUGAAUAGUUUUUCUCCUUUGCAUAUUGAAUGUAUUUUCUAUUUUCUAGUGUAUGUUGAACACUAAAUCGUUUUAUUCUAGACCAUUGUUUAAUACCAGUUACUGUCAGUGUAUAAAAUAUGCAGACAUUUGCUUAAUUGCUGUCAAUAAUUAACAAAGCCCUGUAUUUACUUAGCAAUAUGACAGAAUUGCCUCAUUCCAGAGGGUUGCCAGCUCUGGCAUAAUGUGGUUUGCUCAGCCAAUUUCUUUUUAGUGAUACAGUGGUUUCUGCCACUGUGCAGUCAUUCAACCAGUUACUUCUGUUUUGUUACAAAACAUUUUUGUACAUUGUUUUGAUUAAUUCAAAUUAGUCUAUUUGAGACCUGUUACUUGUAUGUUUUAGGGUCACAUUAUAAUUCAUCUGAUAAGAUUUAUGCAAACUUUUCCCAGUUCUUUAACAAAACCUGGGAUAGAAAUGUCACAUGGGGGUUGCUGAUAAUUUGUAUAGUAUUAUCCUUUUUCAGAAUGUUCUUAAAGUAACAAAUAAGAGGGGAUUUAUUAAGAGUUCUGUUUUGGGUUAAUAAAUGUUUUAGGUGAA